AUGAAAUUAGAAGUGCGUUCACUCAACCAUUUAUCGCGGCUUGGGGACUUGAUAGAUGCCGACCAUCCCCCUCUUAGUGUGCUUAUAGAGGCGCUACGAAAGCUGAACUACGAAGCAAGAGCAGCUCUUCAACGCCUCCAGGAGGUUCCAGACAACGCGAGGGUUUUGAGUAGGCGCGACAGUGAAAGAAGGAUGAAAAUCGCUGAAGAAAUGAGAAGGAUAUCCACUCAAGGAUAA